UUAAGCUCUCUUUGAAAUUAAGCUGGGCUUGAAAGUGGGGCGGGGUGAGUCUCUCCCCACCGUCCCACUGCAUUCUUAAAACGAACCGCUGUCGCGAAGCUGUAUGCUGCAGAUUAGAGUUUCCUUCUUUUGUCACUGAGGCCCCCAGAAGCUCGAGGCGUAAGUGGUGUGACAAGAGAUCUUUUAAAGUCUAGCCUGCCCUUAGACCUCUUGCUCUGAAAAGGAAAAUAAGGUGCUCAGAGAACUGCAACUCAGUGAAAACUUAUCUCCCGCAGAUGAGUAAACCUUUGCAUGUUGUGAACGAAUGGAUCGCCUGUCUAACAAAUUCUACUUCCUAAUGCAAACUGUACGGAGACCAGUUGUUUCAUAUGGAAUUAAUAUAUGUGAUCAAUCGUACCAUUUUAAAAAAUGCUCUGCAUCCCACCGCAUCCUAGCAGGGGCCCAGGCCCCUGGUGGGUGGAAAUGUAGUCUUCUCUUCCGGAUCACUAAAUGUGGUAAGUUCUAGCCCGCUCGGCGGGGAUAAAUCUCAACUCCCCGCCUGGUUUGUUCUUUGUUAGGGGAGACUGACUCCCUCGGUCCGCAGCGGAGGGCUCCGGACCGCCCGGCCUCCGCCCCGCCCCUGCCCGGCCUGGCCGCCUCGCCGCGCGGCGCCGCGCCGCGCCUCUCCGCAGGAGCAGUUCCCGGGCUGCAGGAGCGGAGACUCGGAGUCUGUUCCGCCUCCUAGGCGAGGUCUCCAGGGCCGAGAGGGGAAGAGAGUCGCGAGGAGGUGAAGGCACGCGCGUUCGCACGGUGGCUCAGGUUGGAAUGCGCGCUGGGGCCGGGGAGGCACGGCUGGAGCAGACACUGGUCCGGAGCGCGCCCGGCCCGGCGUCGGGAAGCUGGGACCGCCCUACCCGCCGCGGGUCAGGGCUGCCCGCCGCCCGAGAGCGCGGUGGGGAAGGAGGCGCGUUCCCUCUCCGGAGCGCCUUUGUUUGCUCGGGCCUGCGGGCGGGCGUUUGGCGACCGUGACCCCGGGCCGAGCCUCCGCCCAGGUGCAGCAGGUAAGCUGGGGGGCCCGGAGCUCCGGCGGGGUGAAGUGUCCCGGGGCCGGGCGGGUCCCCUUUCCUCGGAGCUCCCGCGAGGCGGCCGCCGCGCCGCGAUGCCGAAACCGGCCGGACCCGGGAGGAGAACAGCGAGCCCUGCGGGCCUCCGUUUCCGGCUGGUAGCCCCCAACCUUGUAGCCACACCUAGGCUGCAGCGGUGAAUUCGGGUAGAAAUGCUGUGUCGUGUUGGGAGUUGGGAAACCGCCAGACUAGGGAAGCUUUCGGUCCAGAUUCAAGGUUGCACCGGAACAUUUUCUUACUCUGUUAGGGGAUCUACACUGGAAACAUCUCUGAAGCCCUCUCAGCAUCCCGUCUGUGGCCUACUACACAGUCUUCCCCUCAUCACAUCAACACUAUCGGGGAGACUCGGUUAUGACUGAUGUAAACAGUGGCUCCAACAAUUCAAGCAGCUGCGGGUGGAGAAACCAUGUCUUAGAACUUCACACACUGUGCUGAGCUUAAAGAAGUAGCGUUGAGAAGAGAAAAGGGUCUCUGUAUUCUGAAUGAGAAGAUGGUAGAGAGUGGUUCUUUCCCUUUCCCUGGAUUCCCCUGAAAAAAUAAACAGCUGUUGCACUUAACUUUCACAAAAAGGAGUACACAGAAUAGCUGCAUAAGGCCAAUCCCGAACUUAAUGAAGGAUGUCAGAGUGGGAGCAUUCUGAUGUGCCAGUGUCCUCAUUCUGCAAUGUGUUCCGUUUUCUCCCCUUUCCGAAAAAAAUGGUAUUAAAAUAUUUUGUGAAAUAAGAAGCUCCUUUUACAUUUUUAAUGACCAACAUGGACAUCUGUUCUACAGAAUACAAAGUCCUAUGGUCUUGAAGAAGGAAGCACCCAUUUAAAACUGACCCUAAAUGAAAACAGACCUGAAUGGACGUCAGAAUGUUUGUUAGUGGCAGGAGAGUAAAAAAAUGGCAAUUUAUUCAGUUAUUUGCCACUUGUUUUGUGCUAAGCCUCAUGUUCUUCUGGAUAUCGAUCGAUAACCACAUCGUGAGCCAUAUGAAGUCCUACUCUUACAGAUACCUCAUAAAUAGCUACGACUUUGUGAAUGAUAGCCUGUCUCUUAAGCGCAGCGAGGAUGGGGCUCCUCGCUACCAGUACUUGAUUAACCAUGAGGAGAAGUGUCAAACACAAGACGUCCUGCUCUUACUGUUUGUAAAGACUGCUCCUGAAAACUACAAUCGCCGUUCUGCCAUUAGGAAAACAUGGGGCAAUGAGAAGUACGUUCGCUCUCAACUUAACGCCAACAUUAAAACUCUGUUUGUCUUAGGAACACCUUCUGACCCACUGACAAGAGAAAGACUUCAAAGAAGACUGGUUUGGGAAGAUCAGAUGUACAAUGAUAUAAUUCAGCAAGCCUUUGCUGAUUCUUUCUAUAAUCUUACUCUUAAAUUUCUUCUGCAGUUCAGUUGGGCAAAUAGCUUUUGUCCACAUGCCAAAUUCCUUAUGACUGCUGAUGAUGACAUAUUUAUUCACAUGCCAAAUCUUAUUGAAUACCUUCAAAGUUUAGAACGAAUUGGUGUUCAAGACUUUUGGAUUGGUCGUGUUCAUCGUGGUGCCCCUCCCGUCAGAGACAAAAGCAGCAAAUACUAUGUCUCCUAUGAAAUGUACCAGUGGCCGGCUUACCCUGACUAUACUGCAGGAGCCGCCUACGUGAUCUCUGGUGAUGUAGCUGCCAAAGUCUAUGAGGCAUCACAGACACUUAACUCUAGUCUUUACAUAGACGAUGUGUUCAUGGGCCUCUGUGCCAAUAAAAUAGGGAUAGUACCACAAUACCAUGUGUUUUUCUCCGGGGAAGGUAAGACUCCUUAUCAUCCCUGCAUCUAUGAAAAGAUGAUGACAUCUCAUGGGCAUGUAGAAGACCUUCAGGACCUUUGGAAGGAUGCCACAGACCCAAGAGUAAAAAUGAUUUCAAAAGGUUUCUUUGGUCAAAUAUACUGCAGAAUAAUUAAGAUAGUCCUCCUUUGCAAACUGACCUAUGUGGAUACGUAUCCGUGUAGGGCUGCCUUUGCCUAAUAGUACUUGAAUGUUGUAUGUUUUCACUGUCACUGAGCCAGACGUGGAUGAAAAACCUUUAAAUGUUUGUCUAUACCAUAAGUGAAAUGAAUAUGAAGAACAAAGAAAUAUUUUGAAGGUCCAGUCUAUCAGAAUGUUUCUUUGAUUCCAGAAGCCCUUCAAUAUAACUUGUCUACUUCAUUGCCUAAAUUCAUAUCAAGGAAUUUAUACUUAGACAAGGUUUAUGAAAACAAAGCUAAAGGGAAUUUCAUGUUCUCAGUACCACGUUGUAUAUUAGAGGUGUAGAGAAGUUAUUAAGGUGCCUAGGUGUUAGAAUAAGUGCUUUUGGAAAAUACCAAGUAAGUGUAUAGUACAACAUUUCAAAGAAAUGGAUAUAUUGUUAGACCAGGUAUACAAGUUUAUUUUGAUUAAAGAGCACUUGAUGGAGUUUGUGGGGGCAGGAGAGGAUUGGCAUAGAAGAAAGUACAUGAAUCUGGUAAAAGAAAGUUUCCUCUUCUUCAGAGGAGAUUUAGGAAAAUGUACACAAUUUCUUUAUAAACUGCCAAAUCACUUACUGUCACAUCCAUGUAGCUAUUUUACCUGCAUAGUGUUGGAGUCAUUUUGAAUACAUUCAUAACUUUUUUUCAAAGUUUAAUGUGAAAUUUCAGAAGUCAUUAGCUCUGCCCUAACUAGUACUUUAUUAUGGUUCUUUUUGAUUAUUAGAAAAUGACACAAAACACGGACAGUGUCUUACUCAUGGGGUCCUUCUCUAGAGAGAAAUCAUUGUUAAUUCAAAUAAGCUGAUUUUAUUUUAAUGAAUUUUUCAACUGGUUUUUAAAUAUUCAAUAUGGGUCUGUUUUUAAGGCAGCUAUUUGAAUGUAGUUUACAUAGAGGAAUAUAAUAAUGAAGAAGAAUUCAAAAGGAAAGAUAGAACAUUAAAAGCCUCUUUUCUCCAUAAUUUAUAAAAUAAAAGUUUUAGUGUCUAAAUUGUAUUGAUGACUAAAAUUAGCCCACCCCUCUCCCACAGGGUCUCAUAAACCACAGUACUUUGUUCUGAGUUCAGCUUUUAAAAUUGAGAGCAUUAAACAUCAAAUCGAAGCUGUAGUAUUUAAAAAAAAUCUACUCUUUCAUCACAACAACUGUCAGAGGUUAUCUUCAACUUAUAAAUAUUUCCAACUUCAAAGCAGAAUGAAAGUGAUAGAAGAGUCACCAGAAUGAGAUUUAAAGCAUUUGUAAAGCUGUAUGUUUCUUGCAAUCAAAGAGAUGUGGCUGAGUUCCAAUAGCGCGUUACAUUUAUUUUACAGAGCAGGAUAAAAAUGUGGGUAUGAUGCAAACAACCUCCCCUCACUACAGAAAGAACUAGGUGAUGCCUGUUCUUAGGGGGAUUAUAUGAAAGCCAAAACAGGGACUCCAGCAAAAGCAGUUGAACUGAUUAUAAACCCUGUGUCUGCAGAGGCUCCUGUUAGGGAAAACUAAGAUGUAUCACUUAAUAAGAUGUCUGAAACAUGCAAAAAAAAAACUAAAAAGGAAUUCUCAGUAUACACAACUGGAUGAUGAUAUGUAUAAUUUGUUGCAGGUAGCUUCUCAAUGUUUACAGAAAUUUUUUGUUAAUUUUUUUCUAUUUUGAAAAUUGAAGCUUGUUUACAUUGAUUGCUCAGAUAAUUAAAAAAUUUUAACUCAUGUCAAAACUAUGGUAUCAAACAUUCUAGUCUGUAGUUACUUUCAGAGUAGGUUCAGGGUUUUUAGAUCAUUACAGUUUAAAUUUUCUGACCAAUUUAAAAAACUGUAGAGAACAAAAGCGCAUUUUGACAAAGCAGGUUUAUAAUUAAUUUUUAUUAGUUGAUCCUUUAAUAACUAUUUGCCUUUUGGCCAUAUAUGUGCCCUGUGUAUCUAUACUUGUAACUGUUUAAAUUUGCCAUUGGUUGAAAACAUCAGUGUCUCUCUGGCCAUCAAAAUGAUCUUGUUUACAGCAAUACUUUUGUGAAACAGUUAUUUAUUUGUGAAAGAGCUCCCCUCAGUUGUGCUCCUCUUUUUAUUUUUGCUUAAAAUAGAAUGAAACAGUUAAAUAUGAAGGAAAUAUGAAGGCACUUCCUUUUUUAAUAAGAAGGAAAUUGCUAGACUCUUCCUUCAUCAGAUUUAAAGUACUGAGAAGAAUAAUUGUAAAUAAAGGAUUCCAACCUUUUAAAAAGGAAGGAAAAAACUUUUUGGUGCUCCAGUGCAAGGCUGUCUUUUAAAAAUCAUCAAUAAAGGGAAAAUAAACUCUUAGCCUGGAUGGUCAAUUGAUAAGUUAUACACAGUGUUAUUGCUAAAAACUUUUUACCUCUUGGUUGGUUUGCGUCUUUUUUCCAUAUUAUUAAUUUUAUACCAAAAUGUUAAAUAUUUAUAUUAUUUGAAUUUUGCUCUUAUAUGGCAAAAUAGAGGGUUUUUAAAAAUAAAUCUAUG